AUGGUACAAAUAAGUGAAGUCCCAGACAACAACAACAAAAACACAUCCACCUCGGCUUCUGCCUCUACCUCCGCCAAGGAGAACAGAACUGCUGCACACACCCACAUCAAAGGACUCGGUUUGAACGAACAUGGAAUUGCCAAGCCAAUAGAAGGCGGAUUCGUAGGACAACAAGACGCACGUGAAGCAUGUGGUAUAAUUGUUGAUUUAAUCAAGAGUAAGAAAAUGUCAGGUAAGGCAGUUUUGAUUGCUGGUCCACCUGCCACUGGUAAGACGGCAUUGGCGUUGGCAGUGUCGCAGGAAUUAGGGCCCAAAGUCCCCUUUUGUCCUAUUGUUGGGCUGGAGUUGUAUUCAGCUGAAGUUAAAAAGACCAGUGCGUUGAUGGAGAAUUUCAGAAAGGCAAUUGGGUUACGGAUCAAGGAGACCAAGGAGGUUUACGAAGGUGAAGUGAUUGAAUUGACUCCAGAGGAAGCUGAGAAUCCAUUGGGCGGGUAUGGCAAAACUAUAAGUCAUGUUAUUGUUGGUUUGAAAACGGCAAAGGGAACAAAGAAUUUACGGUUGGACCCAAGUAUUUACGAGUCGCUACAAAAGGAGCGUGUUGCUGUUGGAGAUGUCAUUUACAUCGAAUCAAACACUGGUGCAGUUAAGCGUGUUGGUAGAUCAGAUGCAUACGCCACCGAAUUCGAUUUAGAGGCUGAAGAAUACGUUCCACUUCCAAAAGGGGAAGUACACAAGAAGAAGGAGAUUGUCCAAGAUGUGACAUUGCACGAUUUGGACGUUGCAAAUGCUAGACCUCAAGGUGGACAGGAUGUGUUGAGUAUGAUGGGUCAGUUGUUGAAGCCCAAAAAGACGGAAAUCACUGAUAAAUUGCGCAGCGAAGUGAAUAAAGUAGUAUCAAAGUAUAUCGAUCAAGGAAUAGCCGAGUUGAUUCCUGGUGUUUUGUUUAUUGAUGAAGUCAAUAUGUUGGAUUUGGAAAUAUUCACCUAUUUGAACAAGGCAUUGGAAAGCAAUAUUGCCCCUAUUGUCAUCUUGGCUUCAAAUAGAGGUUUAACAACAGUUAAAGGAUCUGAUGACUUGUCUAUUAAAGCACCCCAUGGAUGUCCACCAGAUUUGAUUGAUCGUUUGUUAAUUGUUAGGACAUUGCCUUAUAAUCAAGAUGAGAUCAAGACCAUCAUUACCAAGAGAGCAAACUUGGAGAAUUUGACUCUAAGUGAUGACGCAAUCAAUAAAUUGAGUCAAGAUGGAAUAAAGACUUCAUUGAGGUACGCUUUGCAGUUAUUGACUCCAGCUGGUAUAUUGAGCUCUAUUGCUGGUCGCUCGACUGUUGAAUUACAAGAUAUCGAAGAGUGUGAGUUGUUGUUUUUGGAUUCAAGAAGAUCGACUAAAGUUUUGAAUGAAUCAAAGACAUUCCUCUAA